CUGUCAACAAUUUCGGAUGAUGAUGGCACUUAGGUUAAGUUUUUAAAUAUUUACAAAUCAGAAGUCUAGAAGAUCAUAAAAUUUUGCAUAAGGGUGCAAUUUAAUUCAAGAUGUGGUCUUUCUUUUCACGAGACCCUUCAAAAGAUUUCAAUUUUGAAGUGGGUGAAAGCUUAUCUAGAUUAGAAGAUAAAAGUAUAUGGAAUUUGCACAAAGGCAAAAGGAAGGGCAGCACUGAAGAAGUAUCGAUAUUCGUUUUUGACAUUAAAAGUAGGUCAGAAAGCCAAUUCGAUAUAGCUAAGUCUGCAGUCAAAAGAUUGAAAACACUUCGACAUCCAAGUAUAUUGACAUACUUGGACAGUUUCGAAUCAGAUAAGGUCAUUUACUUGGCUACUGAACUAGUGGAACCUCUAGCUGUCCAUUUACAGAAACUUGCACUUGAGGGACCACAAAAGGAAUUAUAUGUAGCAUGGGGUGUUUUUCAAAUUACGAGAGCGCUUUCAUUCCUGAAUAAUGAUGGUAAUCUGAGACAUAAUAAUGUCAAUAUAUGGUCAGUACUUGUCAAUGCCUCUGGAGAAUGGAAAUUGGGAGGAGUAGAAUAUGUAUCUACUGCACAAGAUUAUGGUUCACCAGUUUAUAAGAUAUUACCUAGUUUAGAUGUUUAUGAUCCACCUGAAAAAUCUGAUCCUAAUAUGUUGAAGCUUGCCAAUAAAUGUUCCUCUGAUAUGUGGGGUCUUGGUUGCUUGAUAUGGGAAGUCUUCAACGGAUCUUUGAAUACUCAGUCUUCUUUAAGAAUUCAAGAGAAUAUUCCUCAGCAAUUGAGCCAGCUUUAUUGUGAAUUAGUUGGGUCGAACCCUGCUUCCAGACCUAAUCCUGCUGAUAUUAUAACAAGGUGUAGAAAAUUAGGGGGUUAUUUCAAGAAUGAUUUAGUAGAUACUUUGCUAUUUUUGGAGGAGAUACAGAUUAAGGACAAGAAUGAGAAAAACAGAUUUUUCUCAAAUUUAACACCUCAUUUAGAUAAUUUUCCAGACAAUGUAUGUAAACAUAAAAUAUUGCCACAAUUAAUAACAGCUUUUGAGUAUGGAGAUGCAGGGUCAGCUGUUUUAGCUCCAAUGUUCAAGUUGGGGAGGUUAUUAGAUGAAUCAGAAUACCAGAAAAAAAUUGUACCAUGUGUAGUGAAGUUGUUCAGUAGUAAUGAUAGGGUCACCAGAUCCCGUCUUUUACAGCAAUUGGAAUUUUUCAUUGGGCAUUUACAGGCUGGUACAGUAAAUGAACAAAUAUUCCCACAAAUUGCUCAUGGUUUUAUGGACACCAAUCCUACAAUAAGAGAACAGACUGUCAAAUCUGUGAUACAUCUAGCUCCUAAAUUAAGUUAUAACAACCUUAAUGUAGAAGUACUGAGGCACUUUGCUCGGUUACAAUCCAAAGAUGAUCAGGGAGGUAUCAGGACGAAUACCACUGUCUGUUUAGGGAAAAUAGCUCAACAUUUACAUCCUCAAAUCAGACAGAAGGUGCUUAUUUCUGCCUUUAUUAGAGCUAUGAGGGAUCCAUUUCCGCCAGCUAGAACUGCAGGAAUUUUAGCUCUUGCCGCCACACAACAGUAUUAUUUGCUCAAUGAAGUAGCAUUAAGAAUAUUACCAGCUUUAUGUCAGUUAACAAUGGACCCUGAAAAGUCUGUUAGAGACUCUGCUUUUCGCACCAUAAAAGGUUUCCUCGGUAAACUCGAGAAAGUAUCAGAGGAUCCCAGUCUUAGGGAAAGCAUGGAGGCAGACGUUAAUACUGCUACUCCAAGUUUGAGCAAUGCUGCUGCUACAUGGGCAGGCUGGGCUGUGACUGCUGUGACCGCUAAAUUCUAUAGAAGUCAAUCAGAUACUGUGAAGUCCAUGAAUCCAAUGGCUUGCAAAAUGCUCACUAAACCAGCUUCACUUGAGCAACCAUCAAGCAGUAGUAUCUCCACGACCACUUCAAGCGUUACCUCGAUGACUUCCUUAGAACACGAAGAAGGAAGUAGAGGAAAUGAUUCUGUCUCGGAUUACGAUUAUGAUCACUGGGGCGAUAACGAUUGGGGUGACAUGGAGACACAUGGGCAGAUGGCCAGUAGUAGUGGAAGUGGUGGAGGAGAUGGUACCAGUGAUCCAACUAGCCCCCCUUCCCAUUCUGGACAGGGUAAAGUGACUGACGGAUGGGAUAAUGAAGAAUGGGGAAGUUUGGAGGAAGAACAGGAAGCGGAAGGUGAUAUGACAUCUCCAUCAGAAGUGUGGAGUCCUAGUGAUACAACACCAAUUCUACCAGAAAUACAGAGAGAUGUUUCAUCCAAGUCGCCCAAAAGGCAAUCCGGAUCAAUACAAGAUGGGUGGGAUAAAACAGAAUUCGAAUCACUUGAAGAGAAUCCAGGAAGUAACCCAAAACUGGAAGAGGCCAAGAAGAAAAGAGAAGAAAGAAAAUUAAUGAGACAAAAAGAAUUGGAAGCAAGGCGAGCUAGUAAGUCUUUGAGUGGGCCCAUGAAACUUGGCUCUAAAAAAUUAUAAUAUUGAAUAUUUUUAAAUGAUUUGAAUGAAUGAAUCAAGAGACUUAAUACUUAUGAAAAUGAAAUAAAAAAAAUCCAGAGGUAUUUAAUGUUUUGGUUUGGUUUUUUAUAAUUUCGUGUCCAUUUUUAUAACAUUUUCAACUUCCAUAACAAUUUAUAUUUUUCUAUGAAGCUUAUGGCUUUGGAAAACUUUCCAGCCGCUUUUCAAAGCUUUUGUAAAUUCCUCCCAAAUGCAUAUCAGAUAAAAUUGUCAUGAUAAAACGGAAAUUCCUAUUCAUAAGAAUCUAAAGAUUUUGCAUAUUUAAUAUUACUCUUAUGAAUUAUUUUAGGAAUAAGUUUUUUCUAUAAUAAAUAUUAUAUAGGCCUAACAUUGCAUGUGUAUUUAUGUAAAUAAUUUUGUAAAUUUUUAUGUAUAAAAUUACAAAUAUUUUCAUGGAUUCGAAUUAUAUAUAUUAAUAUAACAUUUUAAUUUGUAUAUAAUCAUUUUAUGUAAUUCAUCUCAAUUCUCAGCUUGUUCGAACCAAUAAAACUGAUUAAAAGGUCA